UCGAACUGUAGAGGGAGUAAGAACCGAAUCACAGACACCGACAGGUUGAGUUUGUUGGCAGAGAACGUUAGUUACAAAAUCCAUUAUUGCAGCCUACCGCUUGCUGUCUACUGUCUGACAUUCGAUCCCCCCGUCGUGUUUUGUUCUUCGGAUUUGUUUCAUGAUUGAACAUUGAAGGUAUAUUAUCUUAAAUAUUUCUGAAAUAUACUUUUUAUAAUCGUGUACUGACAGAAUUUCUUGUAAAAUCUUUUUAUCAAUACUUGAUGGUUAGAUCAGCUCGUUAUCAGUGAGUUUUGUACCUUUGCCAUUCAUGUGGUGAUUUAUUUGUAUGAUUGUGAUAAUCUACAUAUGCAGGGUUUAAGGAGUCACAAAGAUAGCUAAAGUCAUAUAUUUGUAUCAUUUUACAUGAAUGGUUGAUAACUCGAUUUGCAGCCAGAGCUGUUGGGAGUCAGCCAGUGCGCAGUACUCUGAUUGGCUAACAGCGCAUCGGGUCUCAUUAAGGCCCUCCUUCAGUCAAAAGAACCAGAUCGCAAGCGAUGUAAGAUCUGACCCUCGGAACCUGUUUACGUUUUACUUUCGUUGUUCUCUCGCUGCCGCAGCGGCCGUGGUUUCCGCACACCCAUAGAUCGCUACAGUAUCAAAACGUUAAGCCAGGCCAGCUGCUGUGUUUAAGGACCAUCCUCCCAGGUUCUGGUUCGGUGCGGUUCUUGUUCCGGUUCCGUCUGCCAGGCACUCCUACACAUGGCUUCAUCGCUGCUCAGCCGUCAGCUGGCCCUGUCCCUUCAACAUAACCUGCGCCUUAGUGCACAAGGCUGCAGGUAUGUCAGCAAAACAGCCACAAAGUCGGAGGUGGACUUUGAGUACGAUGCUCCCUCAAUGAAGACCGAAGUCCCAGGGCCAAGGUCCAAUGAACUGCUCAAACAGCUGGGUGAUAUUCAGAACGUGGGAGCGGUGCACUUCUUCUGCAACUAUGACGAGAGCCGUGGGAACUACCUGGUGGACGUGGAUGGGAAUCGCAUGCUGGAUGUCUACACCCAGAUCUCCUCCAUCCCCAUUGGUUACAAUCACCCUUCCCUCAUGAAAGUCAUGGCCAACCCACAUAAUUUGAGUUCAUUUAUCAACCGACCAGCUCUUGGUAUCCUGCCACCUGAGAAUUUUCCAGAGAAGCUGAAUGAAAGCCUUCUCUCUGUUGCCCCCAGUGGCAUGACCCGUGUGCAGACUAUGGCGUGUGGCUCCUGCUCCAAUGAGAACGCAUACAAGGCCAUGUUCAUCUGGUACAGGAACAAAGAGAGAGGACAUAACAACCCUUCAGAGGAGGAUGUGACAUCCUGCAUGAUCAAUCAGUCUCCUGGCUGCCCAGAUUUGAGCAUCCUGUCCUUCAUGGGAGGGUUUCAUGGGAGAACUAUGGGUUGCCUGGCUACCACGCACUCCAAAGCCAUUCAUAAGCUAGACAUUCCAUCCUUUGACUGGCCCAUCGCCCCCUUCCCUAAGCUGCAGUACCCGCUUGAGGAGUUCGUCCGGGAGAAUGCCCAGGAGGAGGCGCGCUGUCUGGAGGAGGUGGAGGACCUGAUUGAGAAGUGGAGAACAAAGGGAAUGCCAGUGGCCGGCAUUGUGAUUGAGCCCAUCCAGGCAGAGGGCGGGGACAACCACGCCUCUCCCGACUUCUUCCUCAAGCUGAGGAACAUCGCGAGCAAGCACGGCUGUGCCUUCCACGUGGACGAGGUGCAGACGGGCGGUGGAUCGACGGGCAAGUUCUGGGCCCACGAGCACUGGGGCAUGGAGGACCCCGCUGACAUCGUCUCCUUCAGCAAGAAGCUGCUGACCGGGGGCUAUUUUCACAAAGACAAACUGCAGGCUGACAAGGCAUACAGAAUCUUCAACACGUGGAUGGGAGACCCCUCCAAGAACCUGUUCCUGGCCGAGGUUCUCAACGUGAUCCGGCAAGAGAACCUUCUGGAGGAGGUGACACGCUCGGGGAAGACCCUACUCCAGGGGCUGUAUGCGCUGCAGGCCCAGUAUCCAGGCCUCUUAAGCAGGGCUCGAGGCCAGGGCACCUUCUGUGCCAUCGACAUCAAAGACGACGCCACUCGCAACAGCAUGAUCCUGAGUGCCAGGAACAAGGGUAUUCUUCUGGGCGGCUGCGGUGACCGGUCGAUCCGUUUCCGUCCGGCGCUGGUCUUCAAGGAGCACCACGUGCACAUGUUCCUCAACGUCUUCAACGACGUGCUGCUGGAGCACAAAUAAGGGGUGUGGUGUGUGUGUGUGUGGGGGGGUUAGGGGGGGCAGUCAGUCCUGAGGGGCCCACAGAACCACAGAGGUCCAAGCCCACAGGAUGGGGCUCGUCACACCACCACAAACCAUCCCAACCAAACCCAUUCUUUUACACGUUUUAUCUCAUAUGCUUAAUAUCUUCUUUUUUUUUUUUGUCCUCUUCAUCUUUCCUUUCCUUCCUCUGACACUCUCCUCUGUGGGAGGUAUGCGGUAUACGUCCAAUAUUUCUUCUUCUUAACUCCCAGAUCCGCACAAAUACAAGGAGCAUUUUUUUGGUGGAUAAUGUCACCCAAAACUCCUAUCCUUCUGGGUCAAAACCGCACAAGAUGUAUAUUUUGGAUAUCUUCUUCUGUUAUUUUGCCAACUAUCGGGUCAUAAAACUGUAAAUUACAGCAAUAGAGUAACAGCAUUGCUGCUUAAGUUGGAGUCCAUAGAACAUUCCGGUGCAAGGUUAAGCUAAGGCACAGUUGGCUAGAUGAUUAUUUGCGAAGUGGUAUUAUUUGUGUGUUUGUUUAUUUGUUCUGCCUUUUUCUCUUAUGCCAUUCUCUGGGCAUCACUGAGAAGGCCUUGCAUAUGUUGCAUCAUAUCCAGAGGAGCUAUGUAGCUUCUGACAAACCAUACCUAGCAAUAUGUUAGCCAUGCGGUUAAGCUCCAUGUGGAAGUGCGAGGUCUUUUUUAAACUUAAGGUAUCAAGCAAGAAAACCUAGUUAAUACCAUGAUUUCUAAGUCAAAUUAUGAGUUGGUUUUCAAAAAUUCUAUUUUAAGGAAUUGCCGUAAUGACAAGCACAUGAAUUGAUAUCUCCCUAUUUGUGAUGACUCUUUCUUCAUGCUUAUUUAAUGAUAUGCAGAGCUCUUCGUUUUGGGACAGAGGCUACUGGCCAGCCGCUCUUGUUCAGGCAUUCUUUGCACACGACACUUACUGCACUGACAGACAGGCUCCCAGAGGAGGAAUUCGCCUUCGCCUCGGGUUUCGCUUGCAAUGAGCGACGCGUGUAACCAGGCAUCAGCCCUUCCUCCUGCUCCGUACACACGCAACGAG